UUGUCACACGCUAUUCAUGUUUAAAAGCCUGCUAAAAUUAACUAACGCUUGCAAUAAGACACUAACUGUUGUUCCGAAAAUGCCCAGAGAGAGGACUUCGAUAACCGACGUUAGCCUCUCGAGUCAGUCAACCGGCCGUUAAGCGACCCCGCGCGCUCCGUGCUAACGGACGAUGCUAACGGCUCGCUAGCGGCUCGCUACCGGCUGCGGGGAGACGCUCCUGCUGAUGGAAGCUUUGUCUUGUUUUCAUUGUCAGUAAUGUGUCAGCUGCUAUCGCGGUUCAUCACCGAUAGAUGUCACUGUUGAAAUGUGAUUCUUCAGUUAGUGGUAUUAUUGUGUGUUUUCAAUGGAGCGUACUCGCGGUUCAUUAACGUUAACUGCUAAACAAAUAAUGUCUUGAAGGGGCCUCGUGCUGAUGUAACGUUAACUAGUGUAUAAAACAAUAUUUUAGCCAUUGAACUUGAAAACCUCCUUAGAACGUGAAGAAAAGUCCCUUUCCACCCUACAGGAGGAGCUGCGAAACCUGCGCUCUGAGAUUAGAGAUCGGGAGGCGUCAGGACACGGGAGCAACUCCCUGCUAUCACGGUAUAUUGCUGACAACUGACAGAAAAUGUCUGAGACGUCAAGUGAUACAGAGUCGUCCUGUGGCUGGACCAUUAUUAGUAAUGAGGGUUCAGAUAUUGAGACUUUGGGGUUGGAGACUGAGCUGUUAGCGGUGCCUGCAGUGAAGGAAGCAGAGCUGCAGGAUCAACAGGCGUCUCUAUCUAAUGCUCAGUGUGUUGAGGAGAAGGUUGCGGAGUCCCUCGACGAAACUCUGGAAGAACCAACUGUAGAUGAGACAUUGUGUGCUUCAGAGCCCAGAGAUAGCAACUCCAAAGGGAAACAGCAUGUGGCUCUGUUGUCCUCAAGCGAUCACUCAGAUAUUGUGACUCUCGGAGACUUAAAGGAGGGCGAGCACGUGGAGGUGGAAGGGGAAGAGGAGGCUGCAGCUAAUGAAGAGUUUUACCUGGGGACCUCCUGCAGCAGCCAGUAUGCCUUCACCGCAGCAGAGACUGUUUUCCUAGCAAAGCAGCCCACUGUGACAAAAUCCAGCAGCAGUGAGGAUGAGGCAGGACAAAGCCCGGGCGCUGUGGUCCGCAGACGAAGGUUGAGGAAGAACACCGCCAGCGUUGUCACAGAGCCCGAGGAGGAUGUGCUGGGGUCUGGCAGGAGUGAGGAGGAGGAAGAGGAGGUCAAAGAACAGAAUUGUCAGCAGCAGGAGGAGGAAGAAGUUGGAAGUCUGGAUUAUCGAAUGCGAGGCCAGGGCGGUAAUACCCUCAACAGCUGUAUCCUGAUCUCCCUCGUCAUCGCCAUCAGCAUCGGCUACGGACACUUCUAUGGUACAGUCCAGGUUCAAGUAAGACAGAAAACUGUAGAUAAAGUUGGGGUGAAUGAACUUGAUGUUGUGAAGGAUUUGAUUGAACAACAUGUUGGAGAACAAGCUUUUACAAACCAGAUCCAGACGGGUUACUCCGGAUUAGAUGAGAAAAAAAGGAUUUCAAUGCUCACAGAGAUGAUUGAGAAAGUAAAAAAAGAGAACCAGGACCUCAUCAUCAGACAGGAGCAUAUUCAGGCCCAGAGAGAUGACCUGGAAAUGCUGCUCAAACAGAAAACUGAGGAGAGGACCAACAUUGGGUCUCAGCAGCAGACGUUGACAGCUGAGAACCAGCUGCUGAAAACCUCCUUAGAACGUGAAGAAAAGUCCCUUUCCACCCUACAGAAGGAGCUGCGAAACCUGCGCUCUGAGAUUAGAGAUCGGGAGGCGUCGGGACACGAGAGCAACUCGCUGCUGUCAGACAUACAGGGGCUGAAAGACCAGCUGGAUGAGGAGAAACAGUUGAUCAAAAGCCUCCACAGCCAGAGGGAGGACAUGGUGGCUGAAGCACAGACACUGAGAGAGAAGCUUGACAAGGAGAGAACGGUAACCGGUGAGCUGAGGAGAGAGUUAAAUAUGCUGAGGAACCACAUCAAAACAUCUGGAAAGGAAGCUGGUUCAGACGCAGAAGAGCUCCAAUCCCGACUGAUUGAGCUGGAGAAGAAACUGAGCUUCGAGCAGCAGCGCUCCGACCUGUGGGAGAGACUGUACGUGGAGACAAAGGACGACCGAGCUAAAGGAGACACAGAGUCAAAAGUGAGAUGGACAAAAGAGGGCGUGGCGGGGAAAGUGAAACAGACGUUUGAUGCCGUGAAGAACUCCACUAAGGCAUUUGUCCAUCACCACAAAGAGCAGAUAAAGAAAGCGAAGGAAGCUGUGAAGGAGAACCUGAAGAAGUUUUCAGAUUCUAUCAAAUCAACUUUCCGACACUUCAAGCGUUCGGCUUCGACCUUCAUCAACAAAGCCAGCGGGUUUUCUGAUCAGAGGCAGGCUGAGAGGAACAGGAAAGAGUCAUGGAAGCACAGAUUCCACAAGUCUCAUCACAAACACCAACGCAAACCUGACGAUUCCUUCCACAACAAUCCCGACGCGCAAAAAUCAGAGUAUAAAGAUCAUGACGGUCAAGACGCCGACAAGAGAAACUCGAAAGGAUGCUCCGGCAUCUUUGACUGCGCCUACCAGGAGUCCAAAGUCAGGGAGCCAAUCAGAGCCGACGAAUUUUAUCCGCUGCUGCAAAGCUACGUGCACCAGGAGGCCGACCACUUCCACCACUGGAAAGAGCUGGAGUCGUUCAUCAGCGACUUCUUCCACGACGGAGUCUUCAUCCACGAUCAGAUGCUGUUCACAGACUUCGUCAGCGUCGUGGGAAACUAUCUGACCGACAUUCACCAGUCGGAGCAUCGCGGCGCCGUAUUCAGAGACCUCGGUGACUUUGUUGACCGGCACUUUGGAGAAGCUUCUAAAAAGAGCACUGGCCCAAACGGGCCAUUUGAAGGACCAGACUCCGACUCAAGGGGGUCGAGGGCGCCGCAUCCACCGCGAAGGCAGCAGAGAGCCAGACCUCGACCGCACAGUGAACGCAAAUGGAGCCGAUACGGAAGAAACGCAGACAGACACACGGCCGACGUGAAAGUAGAACUGGGUCCGUUGCCGUUUGAUCCAAAAUACUGAAAAUUUCCCCACUGAUUUAAUGUUUUGAUUUGUGUUUAGAUGCAAUAUCUCCUUUUUUUUGUAAGUUUGCACAAUGUUAAUUUGAAAUGCUACUGAACCUCCUUGAACGGUUUUGUUUUUAGGGAAUUGUUACUUUUUAGAAAAAGAUGUGGUAUACCAGAAUCAAAUUCACAAAUGUGAAGGUAAGACACUUGUAAAAAUGUAAAUUUUAGAGAUUUUAUUACUCAAAGCAACAUCGAAACCCAUCUUCAACCACUGUACCUACAUUUAGCAAUACACAUGAAUUAUCGAGCUGAAACAUAGUUCGGUAUUUUCUUUGAUUUGAACAAUUUGGAUAAAGUGUAAAUUCCACAUUCUUGGAUGCGUUUGUUUAUAGCUGUUUCAUACAGAGUGAGUGUGUGUUGUAAUUUGCUCUCAGAGUUAAGAUGCAUUCUUCUAACAUUCCACCUCUUGCUUAUUUAAACGGGACUUGAAUGUUUUGUUUGUUUUAUUUGCACAAGUUGACAAAAGGUUACUGGAAGAAAUAAUCUCACCAAAUGUAUGUUUGAAAAUAAAGUUGGUGGUAUAAAUCAGA